GUUCCGGGUGCCGAGGGCCCCCGUACUCCCACAGUAUGGUUACCGGCUCAGAGGCUCUGAUCCUGGGCUCUCGGGUUCUGCUUUGCGCUGUGGUGGUGUUCGGGCUCCUGAGAGCGGCGGAGGCGGGAAGAAAACUGAAAUUCGUCAACCUGAUUUAUCGGCAUGGAGACCGAUCACCUAUCAAUAAUUACCCAACGGAUCCAUAUACAGAGAAGGACUGGCCCCAAGGCUUCGGGCAGCUUACCCAGUUUGGGAUGAGGCAACACUACAUGCUGGGCCAGUAUCUACGACAUCGUUACAAGGACUUUCUCAACUCCUCGUACGACCGGGAAGAGAUUUAUGUUCGGAGUACGGAUGUUGAUCGGACUCUAAUGAGUGCUCAGUCGGAUCUGGCUGGUCUGUACCCUCCACGUGAAUAUCAGAUCUUCAAACCUGACCUUAACUGGCAACCAAUUCCCGUGCAUACAGUGCCUGCAGAAGACGAAAAGUUUCUCAAGUUCCCAAUACCAAAUUGCCCUCGCUUUGACAAGUUGCUGGAGGAGUCGAUGAACAGCAAAACAGUUCAGGAUAAGGUGAAGGAAAAUCAGGCCUUGCUGGACAUGGUGUCUGAAAGGACCAAGUCGAAGGUGACAUUCCAGAAUGUGUGGAAAUUAUACGACACUCUGUUGUGUGAGAAAAUUCACAAUUUCUCUCUGCCUUCCUGGGUGACACCAGAAGUGAUUGCUCGUCUGAGAGAACUGUAUGACUUGAGCAUGGAAACCCUCUUCCGCAUUCAUGAAACGCGGGUGAAAUCGCGGCUGCAAGGGGGUGUGCUCCUCAAGCAAAUCCUCCAAAACAUUACUCAAGCAAUGAAUGACACCAAUUCCACUCCCCGUCUCAAAUUGAUCAUGUAUUCGGCGCAUGAUACAACGCUCAUAGCUCUCCAGAUAGCACUGAAUAUCUACAACGGCAUCAAUCCUCCAUAUGCUUCCUGUCACAUGUUUGAACUAUAUCAAGAGGAUGAUGGGUCCUUCACGUUGGACAUGUACUUCAGGAAUAAUACUAAUUCUGAGGCACAUCUGCUCGUUCUGCCAUCCUGCACUGAGCACUGCCCCUUACAAAACUUUAUCCAAAAUACUAAAGACCUGAUCUCUGACAACCGAGAUGAAGAAUGCAAACUCUCCAGAGACAGCAAACAAAAAGAGGCGAUUCUGAUUGCAGCUUUGUGUAUCUGCCUGGUCCUGCUCAUCUCCUUACUGAUCACUUUGUGCUGCUGCUGGAACCGGAAGGCAAGACAUCACAGAUUUCCUUCAAAUACUGAAGAGCUAGCCUGACAAUCAAUGACAUUACUGACCCACUACAGCGAGUGUGAAGAUUGAAUUGAUCCAACCACUCCCCUGCUACAUCAAGCUAUGAAACGGCAUAUCCCCUGAGAACCCUGGAAAAUUGAAAUAACUAAUAGGGGAUGGCUUGCUUUCAAACGAAAAUGUAUUGCACACAUAGCUAAUGAAUCUGUUUUUUAUUGUAAUGUCAUGGUGGGGGGUACCUUUCCAUCAUAAUGACUGCCUACUUUCACCUCCACAUCUUUCUCUGUCUCUGUCUUUUUCUCAGAAAUCCUUAUCCAUGCCUUUAACACCACCAGCUUUGACUAUUCCAGUGUGUUUCUGUAUGGCCCCGUGAUCCACUAACACCUUGAAUUGAGACUUCUCAUCCCUGCUUAAGUUAGUUCAUUGCCUCUUCCCCCUCCCUAUAUCUAUAACCUCCUCUAGUUCUCCACUCACCCCCCUCUGAGCUCCCCAUUUCUGACCCUAUCCUUUUGUGUAUUCUCUCUGUCUUCCCCUCAUCAUUAGCUAUGUCUUCACACACCGAGACUUCAUGUUCUGGAGAUUCCAAUCUAAUCUACCACUUUGAUUGAGGUUUUUAUUAUUUCUUCCACUUGCUCCUUCUUUAACUUGGAUCUCCCGUACUCUGUGAAGUGCAUUACGACUUUCUUUUUGAGUGUGAAAUGUGCUGUAUAAUUGCAGAUUGUCCACUGGAGCAACUUUAGCAAUGGAUUGUGAGCAUCACUGUGAAUCAGAGUCAUGUUUACAGAGGUACUGCACCGUCUAGCCUCUGAACGGGCUGAAGUGAAAGGGAUAUUCUGUACAUGACAUGACAAUUCCAGCAUGAAUGAAUCAAACAGAUUGAAAGCCACUUGCAGCUUAAUUAAGCACAUUUUGCAAAAGCCAUGAUUUGAAUUUGAGCUAAAGGGGGAAGAUAGCAAUAUACUGAGGAAAUGUGUUCAGGUACUGCCAUGAUGGGCUGAAAGACCAGCUCUUUGCUUAUGAUUCUGUGCUGUGAAUUCAUUAGCAAAACAUGGCAGUGUUACUUCCUAACGUUUUCCCUUGUGCUUUAGCCCUUUCAGUGUGUUAUCUGUUUUAGUGACCCUUAGUGAUCUUGAGGAGUCAGUCACUCAAGAAGAGCCUGACCCGCGACCAGUGAUUGGCUACUAACUCAGUCCCACUUUCACUCUCCUUGUCCUUACCUCUGAGUGCAUGGGAAAGCCAGGGUUCCACUCAGCACUUAUUUGGCCCAGCCAAGUCCACCAUUUGGCUCUUACUGUGCACAACAUUUUGGGAACAAGCCCUUUACGGGUCCCAUGUAGCGUGUGUUUUGUGAUGAUAAUAAUGCUACAUUGGAUUGCAGCACUGUAUUUAAGGACAGGGCUCCUGUGUGUCUCCUGUGUUGUGAACUCCGCUCUUUCCCUUUAGUCAGCGGGUUGGCUGCUUUGUGCAGUGUAUAAUUGUUAAAUAUGCCUGUGUGCUGUGGAGUCUGUUACUAUUCCAAAUUGGAAAACGGUUUACCUGUCUGAGAUGUGAUGCAACACUUGAAGUUAGUGUUACUGUGGCUCAGUGUAGGUGUCGUCAAAGGUUCCAUUAUGGUAAAAACCAGGUCCACAGUCACAUUCUGUGCCAAUACACUAGUUUUAAUGUAUUAAUACUAGUUGAUUAAUUAAAAAGAUUAAUCUGAUAAUGAAAAUGAUAGAGGGAUUUGAUCGGGCAGAGACAAAAAAAUUAUUACCUCUGGCAGUGAGUCCAGAAGAAGGGCAUAAUUUUCAGAUUAAAGCUAGGCUAUCCAGAAUGAAGCAUCUUUUCUCACAGAGGGCAGUGGAAAUCUAGAACAUUCUCUUCCUCCCAAAAAAGCUGUGGAUCCUUGGGCCAAUUAGAAUUUUCAAGACUGUGAAGGAUAGAUCUUUGUUGUGAGGGGAAUUGAAUACAAAAGUAGUGAGGUUAUGCUUCAGUUGUACAGGGCACUGGUGAGACCACAUCUGGAGUACUGUGUACAGUAUUGGUCAGCUUAUUUAAGGAAAGAUGUAAAUGCA